UUCGCCGCAGAUUGUUAAUUAAGUUAACAUCGAUUUACAGUUUGUGAUUAAAAAAAAUCCAUAAACAAUUAAUAUAAAUUGAUUGAAGGGAAAUCUACUAAAAUGUGCAGGAUACUUGCCAUAACUGUUAUUUUAGGAUACGUUGCUGCAAAACAUGAAAGUAACAUAUAUAUUCCUCUGGUGAAGAUGCAAAGUGAUGAAAGUAGCGAGUCAGACUUUGAUAGAUCUUCUGACACAAAUGAAUACAUAGAGAAUUUUUUUGCCAACAUUUCAAACCGUCUAAAGUGUACAUGUGAUUCAAACAGGACAGACCUUGCCACAAAAACAGAUCUUGCGGAGUUAAAAAGAGACAUAAUUGCACAUAUUUCUGCUCUUAUGUUAAAUGUACAUAAACCAAAACCCAUUGACUGUGGAGAUAUUUACAAUGAAGGUCACAAUAAAACUGGUAUUUACACUAUUUACCCUACUUCCAAUAAGAAAGGCAUCUCAGUACGUUGCGAUAUGAACACAUCAGGUGGUGGAUGGACUGUUAUACAAAGGCGGGUUUCUAAAAGCGACUUUUAUAAGACAUGGGACGAAUAUGAGACUGGUUUUGGUAAUCUCAGAGAUAAUUUCUAUCUUGGGAACCGCUUUAUACAUGAGAUCACCAGCCAAGGCAAAUAUCAGCUUCGAGUUGAGCUUAUCAGCUUUCAAGGAGAAUCUGCAUUUGCAGAGUACAGUCAUUUUUUUAUUGGUGAUUCUGAAUCCAGUUACAAGCUGCAUGUUGACGGAUACUCUGGUACUGCAGGUGACGCUCUUGCGCGUCAUAAUGAAAUGAAGUUUUCUACAAAUGACAGAGACAACGACCUGUACAAAUCUAAUUGUGCAGUUGAGUUUCACGGUGCGUGGUGGUAUAGUGACUGUCAUCAUUCAAACCUAAAUGGACUGUAUGGUUCUAACGUCCGCGGAAAGGGUACAAACUGGUACCAGUGGAAAGGACCUUACACUUCGAUGGAAACCGUAGAAAUGAAAAUUCGUCGAAAGAAAUAGAUCUACAGGUUAUAAAUCUGUGUAUAUUUGAUAUUUGUGAAAUUAUAUCAUUACCUCCAGUGUACCAAAUACAACAAAUGAAAAAAAGCACAAUUUUGUUUGGAUUGCAAAAAGGAAUUUGUGUAGGUUAUUAUCCCCCGCCGAUGGAAUCGGGAGGGGGAUAUAGUUUUGGCGUUGUCCGUCCGUCCUUCCGUCCGUCCGUCCGUCCGAAUUUCGUUUCCGGAGUAGUUCUCUGCAACUAAUGGCUGGAAUUCAACGAAACUUUAUGGGAAUGUUGAUCAGCAUGUGAAGUUGUGCACCUGGGUAUUUUCGUCUGGAUAUUUUUAGUAUUUUUAGAGUAAUUGCCCUUGACUCAGUAAAAUUUUGUCCGAAUUUCG